UGUGACGGCGGUGGGUGGCACUUUCUGUGGCGUGAGGGGGGGAGGCGUGCGUUUCGUCAGCGGUGGCACCAGCUUUUAGACAGACUUUAAAAAGAAAAAGAAAACGAAAAGGGAAAAAAAACAAAAAAAGCUUUUUCGGGAGAAUAUGUAAGCCAUUGGGCGUUAGAAGGCAGUGAUGCGCCUACACCCCCUAUCGGUGAGGGCAGCCGCCAUUUUGUUCCCGCCUCGGGGCCGUGAGGGAGUGCGCGCGGCCCCGCCUCUGUGGCCCCGCCCCGUGGCCGCCGUCCCGUCGGCGGCGCGGCGGCAGCGGGCGGCCGCCGUAGCCCCUGCGAGGGGAGCCCGUGCCCGGGCGGGGAGGAAGAGAAAGGCGGCCCGAACCGGGUUACAAGAUGGCGGCGGCGCUGUGGUAGCUACUGAGGCGGAGCGGCGCCAGCGAGGCCCGGGCUGGGGCGCGGCGGAGCUGACUCGCCAUGGGAAGCGGCGCGUUAAAGGCCCCGCGGUGCCCCUGAGCGGCCCGGUGGCCCCGCUUGCUCCCCGCCGCCCUCGCUCCAUCGCCCCUGCGGAGGCGGAGCGGGCCCGGGGCUGCACCAUGUCGGACACCCGCCGGCGGGUGAAGGUCUACACGCUCAACGAGGAUCGGCAAUGGGACGACAGGGGCACCGGGCACGUAUCCUCCAGCUACGUGGAGCGGCUGAAGGGGAUGUCGCUGCUGGUCCGCGCCGAGUCGGACGGUUCACUACUGUUAGAAUCGAAGAUAAAUCCAAAUACUGCAUAUCAAAAACAGCAGGACACCCUGAUUGUUUGGUCAGAAGCAGAGAACUAUGAUUUAGCACUGAGUUUUCAAGAAAAAGCUGGCUGUGAUGAAAUUUGGGAAAAAAUCUGCCAGGUUCAGGGCAAGGAUCCUUCAGUGGAAGUCACACAGGACCUUAUUGAGUCAGAAGAGGAACACAUAGAGGAAAUGCCUGAAACCAGUCCUCUGAUUGACCUUCCUACUUGUGAACUCAACAAACUUGAAGAGAUUGCUGACCUAGUUACCUCUGUUCUUUCCUCACCCAUCCGUAGGGAAAAGCUGGCGCUGGCCUUGGAGAAUGAAGGCUACAUUAAAAAACUGCUACAGCUUUUCCAAGUCUGCGAGAAUUUAGAGAACACAGAAGGCUUGCAUCAUUUGUAUGAAAUUAUUAGAGGGAUUUUGUUCCUCAACAAAGCAACUCUGUUUGAGGUAAUGUUCUCUGACGAGUGUAUUAUGGAUGUGGUUGGAUGCCUCGAGUAUGAUCCUUCUUUGGCUCAGCCAAAACGCCACAGGGAGUUCUUGACCAAAACAGCAAAAUUUAAGGAGGUUAUUCCUAUUACAGACUCUGAACUCAGGCAAAAAAUCCACCAGACUUACAGGGUACAGUAUAUUCAGGACAUCAUCUUGCCGACACCAUCUGUUUUUGAAGAGAAUUUUCUUUCUACCCUCACUUCCUUUAUUUUCUUCAACAAAGUUGAGAUUGUCAGUAUGUUGCAGGAAGAUGAGAAGUUUUUAUCAGAAGUUUUUGCACAAUUGACAGAUGAAGCUACAGACGAUGACAAACGGUGUGAACUGGUGAACUUUUUCAAGGAAUUCUGCGCCUUUUCUCAGACGUUACAACCUCAGAACAGAGAUGCAUUUUUCAAAACUUUGGCAAAAUUGGGAAUUCUUCCAGCUCUCGAAAUUGUAAUGGGAAUGGAUGAUCUGCAAGUUAGAUCUGCUGCUACGGAUAUAUUUUCAUAUCUAGUAGAAUUUAGCCCAUCCAUGGUCCGAGAAUUUGUGAUGCAAGAGGCCCAGCAGAGUGAUGAUGACAUCCUUCUCAUCAAUGUGGUCAUUGAGCAGAUGAUCUGUGACACAGAUCCAGAGCUCGGGGGAGCCGUUCAGUUGAUGGGGCUGCUGAGAACUCUGAUUGACCCAGAGAAUAUGCUGGCCACAGCCAAUAAAACAGAAAAGAGUGAAUUUCUCAAUUUCUUCUACAACCAUUGUAUGCACGUUCUCACUGCGCCACUUCUGGCCAAUACAUCAGAGGAUAAAUGUGAAAAAGAUGCAGUAGUUGGAUCCACUAAGAGUAAUACAAUUUGUCCUGAUAAUUACCAAACAGCACAACUACUUGCCUUAAUUUUGGAGCUGCUUACUUUUUGUGUGGAACACCACACAUACCACAUCAAGAAUUACAUUAUGAACAAAGAUUUACUAAGAAGAGUACUGGUAUUGAUGAAUUCAAAACACACCUUUCUGGCCUUGUGUGCUCUUCGCUUUAUGAGGAGGAUAAUCGGCCUGAAAGAUGAAUUUUAUAACCGUUACAUCACCAAGGGAAACCUCUUUGAGCCAGUUAUCAAUGCCCUGCUGGAUAAUGGCACCCGGUACAACCUGCUCAACUCUGCUGUGAUUGAGCUGUUUGAGUUCAUCAGAGUGGAAGAUAUUAAGUCCCUUAUUGCACACAUAGUUGAAAACUUCUAUAAUGCACUUGAAUCUAUUGAGUAUGUUCAGACGUUCAAGGGACUGAAGACCAAAUAUGAGCAGGAAAAGGAUCGACAAAGCCAGAAGCUGAACAGUGUCCCAUCCAUAUUGCGUAGCAAUAGAUUCCGCAGGGAUGCCAGAGCCUUGGAGGAGGAUGAAGAAAUGUGGUUCAAUGAAGAUGAAGAGGAAGAAGGCGAAGCUGUUGUACCUCCAGUUGAGAAGUCAAAACAGGAGGAUGAUUUUCCAGAUAGCUAUGAAAAAUUUAUGGAAACUAAAAAAGCUAAGGAGAGUGAAGACAAAGAGAAUCUUCCAAAAAGGACUUCAGCUGGGGGAUUCAAAUUCACUUUUUCCCACUCAGCCAGCCCAGCCAACGGUGCGAAUGGUGCAAACAGCAAAUCUGUGGCAGCUCAGACAUCACCAGCGAGCUCCAACGGCUCCUCUUCCAAGAACACAGCCCUGAGCCCGGCGGUGCCGGCCCCCAAGGGAAGUCUAGUUGGGCUAGUGGAUUAUCCUGAUGAUGAAGACGACGAUGAAGAGGAGGAGACAUCUCCAAGGAAAAGACCUCGUCUGGGUUCAUAAAAGAAACCAAAACUUCGGAAUAAGAACUUUUCUGAUGGGGUUUCAAAUGCUGCAACUGUUUUAAGAGCUAAAAAGAAUCUGAUUCAGAAAGCUUUCUCCCAUGAGUAUAUAAGAUAAUACAAGGAGUAGCAAAAGAAACUCAGUGUAUCAGCUAGAAAGGGUUAGUUCUGUAAACACAAAGCUUCCAAGGAACUUAAUGUCUUUCUAGAAAGUAAGGAGUCUGCCAUUCAGGCUGUCAAAAAAAUGAAAAAAUUUUAAAAAAAAAGGUGGGUUAGUAUUCUCAGAACCUGGAUGAUGGCUUCUCAGCCAGGAAAGUCUCAGGUGUCGGGAGGGAAAGGGGGAGGGAAAGGUAUGGUAACACUUUUUAAAAAAUAUUGCAGGGUUUCCCCAGUGUUUAACAGAACUAGGAAAAAAAAUUCAAGCUUAAAUUUUGAACCCAGUAAUCUUAAUUUUGUAAUGGUGCUGUCAGUUGUCUUCUUUUAGCAAUGCCUCUUUAAAAAAAAAAAUAAGGGAAAACUAACUCUGCAUAAGAACAAUCCUUAUUUUGGGACCAUUUAUUACCAACUAAACUGCAUUUCUCAUGGUUGGAGGGAAGGACGCUGCAGUUGUAGUGCAUGUUGAGUUGUUUAAAACAGUUAAAAUAAGUUUUCAUUUGUAUUUUCCAAGAGGAGAGAAUGGAAGCUGGAUUCAAAAUGGAAGGUUUUGCUUGUUAUGUCAGUGAGACGUCCAGAAAUAUCUAUGCCAAGGGUCUGCAGGAGCUGCUUGUGUCACAGUGGGGCUGCACCCAACACAUCCUUCAGCUGUUGGCUUCAGGUUGGGAAGAGCCCCGAAUUCCAGCUGAACUCUGUGGUGUUCCAAGGGCUGCCUCUUCUUAGAGCAGCCAUUUCCGUGUUUGGGAGCUGAAAUUGCAUGGUUGAGGUGGGAAUAAGAAACACUCACAGGUUUUCCAUAGCAAUGGAUUGAGCAGCAUUUUAACACCAAAGGCAGUUUGGACCAAGACGAGAUUAUUGCCAAGAGAACACCUUGAGGGCUUGGAGGCGGAAUCCACAAGCAGCACCUGAACCUGGGGGUGGUACAAAAGCUGCUUUUUUAAAACACAAAAGCACAUUCCACAUAGGUGAGUGAACUGUGAGAGGAUAGGGGAGUUCAUGGCAAGGUGACAGAGGCAAACAGUCCAGGUUUUAUUUUCAAGAGCAGCACAUGAACUGUAAAUAUUUUAAUGUUAGUUUGCCCAUAUGUGAUCUGAGAUUAUGACUGAGAGGAGAUUUCCCAGCAACUGUGUCAGAGAUGUUAAAGAUGGAACCAGCUGCAAUCCACCACAUAGAUCACUCUUGUAAUAUGUGUUAUGGGUCCAUUUCUCCUGGAAUAGUUUAAACUGAAGCAGUUUCUCUGUUUUGGAGAUUCUUGUAGUUAGUUUUAAUUUUAGCUCUUGUUUGGAAAAAGAUGGGCUGUCUGUGUAGAUAUGAAGUAUAGUUUUUUCCAUAAAACAGAAGUUUAUUUUGUAUUAAAGAUACCACUGUACUUGUUUUACACCAUUUGUAUACAUGUGGUGAUACUAAUGCUGAACUGUAAAAUUCAGGAAUUAAAAUGUGACCCUGUAAUUCCAUAA